GAUGUCAAACUUCUUUUUCGUUAGGAAUGGCAGCUUGUUGUUAGGAUCUUGGUGGUGGACGAAGGCUUCUGGUUAGUACUAUGUUACAUAUAGCUGAAUGUAUAGUAGUGAUAGUUUUAUGAAAGUAUGUUAUUCCCUCUUUUUUUGUAGCUUUAGUUUUAGUAUUACAUGUAUAUAUAGAUCAUCAUAUGGUUUAUUUAUUUAUUAUUAUAAAAUCGUCAUUAUUACUACUGCUACUACUAUUAUUACUAUUAUCAUAUGAAUAGAUAAACGUUUGGGACCAGUGUUUCUCUUACUUGGGACCUU